GUGACGGAUACAAUUGCAUGGAAUGUGCUUCCUCAUGAACUUUUCCAGAGAUUAUUCAGACAGGACUUGUUGGUCGCUAGCCUUUUCCGGAAUUUCUUACUUGCUGAGAGAAUAAUGCGGUCCGCAAACUGUAAUCCAAUAUCUCACCCUAUGCUGCCUCCUACGCAUCAACAUCAUAUGUGGGAUGCAUGGGACAUGGCUGCUGAAAUCUGUCUUUCUCACCUUCCCCAACUUGUUCUGGACCCAACCGCAGAAUUCCAGCCAAGUCCGUUUUUCACUGAGCAAUUGACAGCUUUUGAGGUGUGGCUUGAUCAUGGAUCUGAGCAUAAGAAGCCACCGGAGCAGUUACCCAUUGUUCUUCAGGUGUUACUUAGCCAGUGCCAUCGGUUUCGUGCUCUUGUACUUCUUGGAGAUUUCUUGAUAUGGGUCAUGGGCUGUGGAUCUGGCCUUAUUCUUGCACUUGAUAAGUCAUGUCAAAUUGAUCUUGUGAAGGAUGGGGGGCAUACAUAUUUCAUACGAUUUCUAGAUAGCUCGGGUGCAUUUCCAGAACAACGAGCUAUGGCUGCUUUUGUUCUGGCUGUCAUUGUGGAUGGACAUCGACGAGGCCAGGAAGCAUGUCUUGAAGCUAAUUUAAUUGGUGUUUGUCUGGGACACCUUGAAGCAUCCAGACCAAGUGAUCCACAGCCUGAACCAUUGUUUCUACAAUGGCUUUGUCUUUGUCUUGGAAAGUUAUGGGAAGAUUUUAUGGAGGCCCAAAUAAUGGGCAGGGAGGCUAAUGCUUUUGAAAAGUUGGCACCUCUGCUUUCCGAGCCCCAACCUGAGGUAAGGGCUGCUGCUGUUUUUGCCCUGGGUACCUUGCUUGAUAUUGGGUUUGACUCUAAUAAAAGUGUGGUGGAGGAUGAAUUUGAUGAUGAUGAAAAGAUUAGAGCCGAAGACGCUAUCAUUAAAAGUCUCUUAGAUGUAGUUUCAGAUGGGAGUCCACUUGUCCGAGCAGAGGUUGCCGUAGCUCUUGCACGUUUUGCCUUUGGCCACAAACAGCACCUUAAGUUAGCCGCAGCUUCAUAUUGGAAGCCUCAGUCAAGUUCUUUGCUUACUUCUCUCCCUUCAAUAGCUAAAUUCCAUGAUCCUGGGAGUGCAACAAUUGUUUCUUUACACAUGAGUCCUCUGACUAGAGCUAGCACGGAUAGCCAACCAGUGGCUCGUGAGGCUAGGAUCUCAAGCAGCCCUCUUGGCUCCUCUGGGCUGAUGCAAGGAUCUCCAUUAUCUGAUGAUUCUUCGUUACAUUCUGAUUCUGGAAUGAUGCAUGACAGUGUCAGCAAUGGAGCGGUCCAUCAGCCAAGACUGUUGGACAACGCUGUUUAUUCGCAGUGCGUUCGAGCUAUGUUUGCAUUAGCUAAAGAUCCAUCUCCACGUAUUGCAAGUCUCGGACGGCGUGUGCUUUCUAUUAUUGGAAUCGAACAGGUUGUUGCGAAACCCUCGAAGCCCACUGGCCGACCAGGGGAAGCUGCAACGACAUCUCACACUCCACUUGCUGGCCUAGCUCGUUCAUCCUCAUGGUUUGAUAUGCAUGCAGGUAAUCUGCCCUUAAGUUUUAGGACUCCCCCGGUCAGCCCCCCUAGAACAAACUAUCUAAGUGGACUGAGGAGAGUUUGUUCAUUAGAGUUCAGGCCUCAUCUAUUGAGUUCGCCCGACUCAGGGUUGGCUGAUCCGCUUUUAGGCGUCAGUGGAUCUGAACGGAGUUUGCUUCCACUAUCAACUAUCUACAGCUGGAGUUGUGGCCACUUUUCUAAACCGCUUCUUGGUGGUGCGGAUGCUAGUCAAGAAAUUGCAGCCAAAAGAGAAGAGAAAGAAAAAUUCGCACUUGAGCAUAUUGCAAAAUGCCAGCACUCCUCUAUUAGCAAGCUCAACAAUAAUCCUAUUGCCAACUGGGAUACGAGGUUUGAAACGGGAACAAAGACAGCACUCCUUCACCCAUUCUCUCCUAUUGUAGUUGCUGCAGACGAGAAUGAACGGAUCAGAGUGUGGAACUAUGAGGAAGCAACUCUUCUCAAUGGCUUUGACAAUCAUGAUUUUCCUGACAAAGGAAUUUCAAAGCUCUGCCUCGUCAAUGAACUUGACGACUCUCAGCUACUUGUUGCGUCAUGCGAUGGGUCGGUCCGGAUAUGGAAAAACUAUGCAACUAAGGGUAAACAAAAGCUUGUUACUGGGUUUUCUUCAAUCCAGGGUCACAAGCCCGGUGCACGUGACUUGAACGCUGUCGUGGACUGGCAACAACAGUCCGGUUACCUGUAUGCUUCUGGGGAGGUGUCAACAGUCACACUUUGGGACCUGGAGAAAGAACAGCUUGUCAGAUCUAUUCCCUCUGAAUCAGAGUGUGGAGUUACAGCACUUUCCGCUUCUCAAGUACACGGAGGUCAACUUGCUGCUGGUUUUGCCGAUGGAUCUUUGAGACUCUAUGAUGUUCGGUCACCUGAACCGCUUGUCUGCGCGACUCGGCCUCAUCAGAAAGUUGAAAGGGUGGUUGGACUCAGUUUUCAACCUGGACUUGAUCCCGCAAAGGUGGUGAGUGCAUCGCAGGCCGGUGACAUACAGUUUCUUGACCUUAGAACAACAAGGGACACAUACCUGACGAUUGAUGCACACAGGGGUUCACUCACGGCUUUAGCUGUUCACAGACACGCUCCAAUAAUCGCGAGCGGAUCUGCAAAACAGCUCAUUAAAGUGUUCAGCCUUCAAGGGGAACAACUAGGGAUAAUCCGCUACUACCCGUCCUUCAUGGCACAAAAGAUUGGUUCAGUGAGUUGCCUCACAUUUCAUCCGUACCAGGUUCUGCUAGCAGCUGGAGCUGCUGACUCAUUCGUCUCCAUAUACACCCACGACAACUCGCAAGCAAGAUGAGUGGCAACUGUAAGUGGAUAUGUUGCAUUUAGCAUUGCUCUUGUGAUAAAAAGAAAAGCAAAAAUCAGUG